GUGGAUUUUAUCUGCUGUAUUGCUUUAUUACUGAGAGAAACCCUACUGAGUCAGAGGUGCCCAGGGACAUUGCCCCUUGGCCUUGUAGCAUCGGCUAUCAGCCUUAAGCUACAUGCUGCUUUUGGGGGGCCUUCUACCCUGGGCAACGGGAGGCGAUCACCCAUCACUGCAGUGAUAACCCUGAUCUGAGGGGGAAACUGCGAGUGUUCUUUCGAGAUGGCAGCGAAGGAUGACGUUGUCCCUGUUUUCGGCAGGAUAAAGAAUUCGGUGAGAGUCAUCGCAGCUGACCCUUUGAACGUGGAGAAGAGUUUGGUCUACGUUGUACAAGUGAUUCUGGAGGAGUUCGGGAGAGUCUCCAAGAACGAAAUUUUGGCGAUCCAGGAUUAUCCAAGGAAAGGCAUCUAUGAUGUUACCUUUGAAGGGGAAGGUGUUUUCCACAGCUUCAUAAGAAUCUUGGAGGAGAAUCCGAUGGAUCCGCGGUUAAGUGGCUUUAAGGUCUUUCCGCAUUUUGCAGAGGAGGAAAUAUUCUUGGUGGUUAAAACGUAUUCACCAUUUGUGCCUCUUAAAGAAAUUGAAUCGGUCCUAGGAAGGUAUUGUAAAAAGCUGACCUUUGGUGGUAAGAUUAUGAAUGAGCUGGGAAUAUGGACCUCAAAAUAUAGGUUCAAAGCUGUGUUCAAGAAAGGUAUGUACCCACCAGCAAGGUUCCGACUGGGAACUGUUAAUAUUGACGUUUUUUUCAGUGGUAUGCCGGAAUUCUGCAGGAGAUGCAGACAAUAUGGUCAUCUAUCAGAUGGAUGUGUUCUAUGCCAGAACUGUGGUAAGACUGGGCAUGAGUUAAAAAGUUGUCCUUUUCCGAGGAAAUGUAACUUUUGCUUUCAGGAGGGACAUCUAUAUGCAGGCUGUCCUCAAAGAAAUGGGAAACCAAAAGAGGAUACAGUAGUUCUUGGUAAGUUGCCUGUUCCAGCUGAUUUUUCCAGGUCUCUGACAGAGGAAGAGGGAGAAGUAUCACAAGAAGAGCACGUGGUAAAGCGUAAGAAAGAAAAAAAGGAAAAGAAGUCAGUGGACAUUGAAGUAAGUCCUUCUAUGGAAACUGUUGAACCUGUAACUGUUCAGUCUUGUUCCAGAGGUGAAAAGCUUUAUGAGUUCUACAAGGACAAACCAAACAAGGAGAUUCAAGAGUUUAUCUUUGAGCUUUCGGAUGAUGAUGAGAUAGAAGGAGCAAAUGCAUGUAUUGAUAGUUCGCCUGAUAAAACAGUGGUAAGGAAUGCAAUACUGCAGUUUAUUAAAGGUUUAGAAUGAUUUUUAAAAUAAAAAUAUGUACAAAAAA